ACGAAGGUGACGUUAUUUUCGGGAUGUCGUUUUGAAAGUUUGCAAUUCUUGAAAAGGUCUCCUCAGUCUGCUAGAAGAUGAAGGCAAAUAUGUGAACGAAAAGGGUUUACGAAAAGAAGGCCUCAUAUUUUUCCUUUCACUUUCACUUUGCUAAGACUCUGAUCGUGCUGGAUGAUGAGAUUGACCAGUCCACUCAGCUGGGGGCAAACAAAACACGAGAGAAGAAGAAAACUACAGUGUCAUUGUUAUUGUUAUUAAAAGAAGUCUAUUUAAGGACGAAAAAUGGCCAAGAUACCGCGGAACAAGGGCAGGAAAGCAAGUAAAAGACCGAGAUUCACGCCAACACCCAAUCAAUGUCAUCUCUUUAGGAGCAGUAAUGAUGAAAAGAUGGCGACCAAGGAAUAUACAGACGAGGAGCUCAACUACUUCCGUCUAUGUUACGUCUUCACGCAUAAUGUACCCGAGGGAUUACGAACAGUUUUCAAGCAACAAUGGAACGCGCGUUACCAGACUACACUCGGCGAUUGGCUUGAUGAACCCAAAAAUGCAACUGAUUUCUGCAACAUGGAAUCGUCUAAAAAUCAAAAACGUAAUAAAAAGCUUCUCGCUGUCAUGGCAAACGGUAACACUAAAGAUUGGGACUGCACUUGUCUCUUUUAUGCUCUUCUUUUCUCAGAUUGUCUCGGGCCAUUUCUAAAUACCACUGUACAGACAAACGUUGACGAACUGAGAGAAAUCCGCAAUGAACCUUUUGCCCACACUGCUGAUGGAAGUCUUACAGACGUGGAUUUUAAAGACACCAUGCGGAAAGUCUUGGCUGCUUUUAAGGCGUUGGGGCUGGAUACGACGGAAGUGAAUGAAGUGAAAACCCAGAAAAGCUUUCCAACAGAGGAACUAAGUAGUAUUCAACAACAGCUAAAUAAUGAGAGGAAACUUUAUGUCAAAUUUCAUUCCUUCUGUGUCUUACCACCCAAACCUUCCCAUCAUACCACUGAUCGCGCAGAUGAAGUCACGACAAUACAUCACGAGAUGGAAAAGUUGAGAAGCACAAAGAAAAAUGAGACGACGGUCAUCUACUUGUCUGGUAACCCCGGAUGUGGAAAGAGUGAGAUUGCCAGACAGAUUGGAAAUAACUACUUCAACAAAAUCCCUGAAGAUACAACCCAUCUUAAGUUCGUAUUCACAUUCAACGCAUCCACCUUCGACACGCUUCUGGGAUCGUACGUGGAUUUUGCUGCCAGACUCAACUGUGACGAAGACUCUGUUACAAGAAUUGCGACAUCAAAAGACCUCCGUCCAGAAAAGAAAAUCGAAAGUAUGAAAAGUUUGAUCAAUCCAAAAGUGCAGAUUUAUUCAUCGUGGCUGAUUAUUGUGGACAACGUGAAUGAUUUGAAAUCAGUUUCAAAGUACUUGCCUCAAGCGGGAGAAAAGACAAGUGGUGAUGGUCAAAUCCUCGUCACCACUCAAGACAGUCAAUCCAUUCCACUUGACUACUAUACAUAUCAUUAUUCAUCUCUCAAGGUAGGGAUGCAAGAAGAAGACGCCAUCGCAUUACUUUCCCAAAUCUCUGGUACUACGAGUGAUCGAGACACUUUACUUAACAUUGCCAGUGCUCUUGAUUUCCAACCGCUUGCUUUGGCAUGUGCAGCUAUUUACGUGCAGCGAAUAUUCAACUCUACUGACCAAUGUAAAACCAAAUGGGAGAACUAUUUGCUCAAACUACAAGAAGGAAAGCGUGAGGCAACUGAAGAGGUUUACAAAAGGACCACUUUGACAUAUCGAUCAGCAAUGACGGCUGCUGUCAGGCUUGCUCUUGAGAGAGUAGUAAUUGAAGACAAGAUUAUGAUGCAUGCUUUUCAGUUCCUGUCAGUCAUAGCUAAUGAACCAAUACCAUUGAAAUAUGUUGUGCAAUAUGUAAUGAGCUGUAUGCCUGAUGAAGACCAUAACGUUGUAGCUGCUCAUAUUAGUUUGAGUUCGCUGGUCAUUUUAUCUGAAGAUGUAGAAAUCUCAAAAGUAAUUCGUGUACAUCAAGUGGUUUACCAUGGCCUGCAGAAAUUGUUGGACGAUGAUGAAACGGAUAUUUUACAACUGAUGUCAGUGUUUUCAGAUCUUGUUUCUUUUAAAAACGUUGACGAUGUAACCAAGGCAGAAUUCAUCGCCACUCGAUCGUUUACGCCACAUUUUGUGGUUAUAUCAAGGAAACAUAAGCUGCGUCUAUUGCAUCAUUCCAUCUUACCAGCAAAAUCUCUCAAUGCCGCUGACUGUUUAUUCAAAGCAGGAAGUAUCUGUCUUGUGCAGGGAAAGUACGAGGCCUCUGAGAUAUUCCUAGAAAUAUGUCUGUCAAUCCAACAACGUGCAUACCGUAGUGGUCCAGAAAUGGCUCAAGACCAAAACUUCACGACCUCAGAUAUCGCAUUAAUGAAUAAAUCGCUCAAAGAUAAGCAAAGCCAUCUUGAGGGGAAACUGAGUAGUGCUGAGGUAAGCGUUGCCUUGGCCACUACAUUAAAACGUCUGAGUGACUUAUAUUUUUAUUUGAGGAAUUACGAAAAAGCAAGAAUACAUCUUGAGAAAGCACUGGUAAUCGAAGAGAGGUUGCACAGAGGAGAUCAUCCGGAACUGGUUGAUACGUUAAAUUACCUGGGUGCCUGCCUCAUGCAUCUUGGGCAACACGAAAAGGCAGAAGCAUAUUUACUGAGAGCCCUGGCGAUCCAAGAAAAAUGUCCAGGUAAAAACAAUACCCUCUUGGCUGAUAUAUUAAUGAACUUGGUCACGUUAGUUCAGCAGUUAAGUCCUGGAGAAACUGAAAGAGCAAAUAUGUACUUUGAAAAAGCAGUAACGAUUAAAAAAACUGCAAUUGAUCAAAAUGAUACACAACCGCUGUUAAUGGAUAACCUUGAUUUCUGCCAUCAAUAUCAAGAACUACACAACAAGGCUAAAGCGUACUAUGAGAGAUCUGUCCCUUCGUGAGAAAGGAGACGAAAAUUAUAUUGGCUAGUACGCUAAAUAACCUCGGUGCCUGCCAUAAAGAACUAAAACAACACGAAGAGGCCAAAGUAUACUUGAAGAGAGCACUGUUCAACUGGCUACUACAAUAGAAAACCUUUUAUUGAUUUCUGUUGUAUUGAGCCAAAAGAAUACGACAAGGCCAAAGUAUACUUCGAGAAAGUACUGUCCACUCGCGAGAAAGGAGACAAUGAAAAUGAUCCACAGCUGGCUUGUACGCUAAACAACCUCGGUUACUGCUAUAUUGACCUAAAACAACACGACAAGGCCAAAGUAUACUUUCAGAAAGUACUGUCCAUUCGUGAAAAAGGAUAUAAUUAACAAUAAUUUAUUACACUCAUAUCGCGCAAUUAUCAAUAUUUAACAGUAUCACAGUACCAUAGUAUCACAGCAUCACAGUGCCACAGUGCCACAGCACCACAGCACCACAACACCACAACACCAAAACCACCGCACCACAGUACCACAGUACCACAGUACCACAGUACCACAGUACCUGGUUUUAUAAACCGCUUGGCCUACUGGGGAAAUAGUAAUACUAUAAGUAAAUGGAAUUCCAUCGACAUUUGGCGCAGUUUUCUGCAUAUAAGAAGACAAACGUAUUUCAUCUUGGGCGAUUAUUCUGUGAAAGUGAACCGUCCAAAAUUUGCAUUUUGAGCAUAUCGGAUGCAAGCGUACUGCAUGACACUUCACUUCUGUUUGRACCAUUGUGCUCUAACAAAAAUGUGCUUGGAACAAUGAGAAUUGAUCAAGUGGUAAGAUGCCAUCGGUUUAAGAAGUCUAAAUUUUCACAAAGUCGCAUUUCGUACUAUCCAAAUUCGAUCGCGAGUAAGCAGCUCUUACUCCUGUCUGGUGAUGUUGAACAGAAUGCUGGAUGGUGGGUGAACAUAACUGAUACCAAGUCUAUCAAUGCUGAUACCGGACAAUAUUCGAACUUAUCUCUGCAGUCUUCUGAGGACGGAAAUGCUGACACUGAUAGAUCCAAUGUUUAUCCUAUACCUGUACGGAUUUCCAAUAGAAUGCGUAUUAAUUACUGGACUUCCAUACAGCCGCACUGGACUUCUCACCGCAAUGUAAUCGCUAUACCUCGUACUCCUUUGGUUCCUCCAUUUCAGCCGUGAAAGCCAUUGACUUUUGCCUUCUUAAUGUAAGAUCUAUUAAGAACAAGGCAAUAAUCUUGAACGACUAUGUUGUUGAAAACAAAAUUGAUGUUAUGGCAUUUACAGAAAUAUGGCUAAAUCCAGGAGAAACUGAUAAUUUAAUUGCUACACAUGAUUUAACACCUAGAGGAUACUGUUUAAGCAUUCUGCAAGAAAUGGUCGUGGUGGAGGAGUUGGUAUUUUGUUAACACAUCCUCUGAAGUUGGAAUUGAAAUCCAGUUAUAGUUUCAAGUCUUUCGAGCAUACUCAGCAUCAUUAAGACAUGGCUCUCAGAUGAAAAACUGUUUAGCUAUAUCAUAGCCAGUUUUCUACGAAUCUUCCCCAAACUUGGCAAGUUAGUGUCUUUUGUGAAAAGAAGGAACCUUAGAGCCUUAGUUACCAUGGAA